AUGCAUUUCUGUAGCUGUGCACUCAUUGCACUGUUGCUCGCUGUAGCCUCGGCAGACCACCAUCUCCACCACAACCGUGGUUCUGAAGACCAUAUGAGCUGCCACAAGCUCUCUGCUCCUAAUGCUGACUUUGCCUUUGCCCUGUACAAACGUCUGAAUGCGAGGACUGCUGCUGGAAACAACAUUUUCUUCUCACCACUGGGCAUCUCCACUGCCCUGUCCGUACUGUCUACUGGGGCCCAUAGUGAAACCCACAGCCAGCUGUUCUCCAGCCUGGGCUACAGCACCUUAAACCAGACUCAGGUCAAUGAAGCCUACCAACAUCUUUUCCACGUGCUUGGACAAAGCCAGGAGAACCAAAAGCUGGAUGUUGGCAAUACCAUUGCAGUGCACUCAGGUUUCAGUCCCCUGGAGAAGUUUCUGAAUGAUGUCAAGCAGCAUUACUCUGGUGAGGUCUUACAAAUCAACUUUACUAACCCUGCUGAGGCUGCAGAUAAAAUCAACAGACACAUUGCCAAUAAAACACAGGACAAGAUCAAAGAUAUGGUGAACGAUGUUGACCCUGAAACGAUGAUGAUGCUCAUUAACUAUGUCUAUUUUAAAGGUAAGCAGAAACCGUUUAUUAGAGAAUGGACACAUGAGGACGACUUCCACGUUGACGGCAGUACCAAAGCUCAGGUUGACAUGAUGAUGAGGAUGGAUUACUACCACUUCUAUGAGGAUGCAGUUAACCACGCUAGCAUCAUCGUGCUGCCAUACAACAGUAACUAUGAUGAUUGUCCUUCCUGA